GGCUCGUCCCGCGACCUGGAGGGCUUCCCUCUCUUCGAGUGGGCAGGACGUUGGCGGCAGCGGCGGCUGCAGCGGGCGGAGCCUCCUCCUCCUGCUGCUGCGGACUCCCUCGCCUUCUCGGACUUCUUGCUCGCAGCCGAGGCGCGGGGCAGCGCCGUCUUAGCGCCAGGCUCUUCCCGUCCGUCCGUCCCUCUCCUCCCUCUCUCCGCCACGGCCUCCUGCCCAGAUGAGGCUCCGUCCCUUACCGCUGAAGACCCGUCGGAGCGACGGGAGGGCCGAAGAGUGAGGCAGCAAGGAGCCGCCGCCGGGAAGCACAGGCUGCUGGGAGCCCAAGGCGGGAAAGCCCCGGCGCUGCAGCGCAAGCGGCUCCAGCCACGCUGGAGGUUAGCGAAAGAGCAGCAGCCCGCUGGGCACGAUUUGACAGUCAUGAAACGGAUCAUAUGUGCGAUUCUCUUGGGUGCAGGAGUGAUGUAUGUUAUACUCCACCGAAACCUGCGAUGGACAAAUGACUAUUGGUUGCCCCCUACAGAUGGAGGAGACAGGAAAGGACAAAUAAAAGGUUGCCCUUACAAACCUGGCAUUUCAUCUUUAAUAAAGGGGGAAAAAUUCUAUCCUUUUCUGUGCACUAACAAUUUUGUAAAAGUGUCUGGAGACCGUGGAAGUCACAAGAUCGAACUACCUUAUGGAAUAAAAGGAGCAGAAAGGUAUUUUCAUAUGGCACUUUCAAGACUACAAAACUGCAGAGUAUUCACUGAAGAUUAUAGCCCAUCCUGUAAAAAAUGUGUUGUUGUUGGCAAUGGAGGGGUGCUUCGAAACAAGAGUCUGGGGGAGACCAUUGAUUCUUAUGAUGUGGUAAUAAGAAUGAAUAAUGGACCUGUUGUAGGCUAUGAAGAAGAUGUUGGAAGAAAGACAACGUUCCGGCUCUUUUAUCCGGAGUCUAGUUUUUCAGAUCCAAUUCACUAUGACCCUAACACAACUGCGGUUCUUGUUGUCUUCAAGAUCCAUGACUUAAAAUGGCUUUGGGAUCUGCUAAGUGGCCAGCGUUUAAUAAGAACAAAUGCCUUCUGGAAGAAACCAGCAACACAAAUGAUAUAUAAACCCAGCCAAAUCAGAAUCCUUGAUCCCACCAUUACCAGGAAAACAGCGUAUGAACUGCUCCACUUGCCUACAAGGUUCUCCAAACAGGUGAAACCCAAGCAUCCCACCACAGGGUUAAUUGCCAUUGCUUUUGCAUCUCAUAUAUGCAGUGAAGUUCACCUGGCAGGCUUCAGGUACAACUUUGAGGACCGAAACAGUUCUUUGCACUACUAUGGUCAUGACACCAUGUCUCUGAUGAUCCAGAAUGAAUACCAUGAUAUUUCUGCUGAACAAAGGUUUCUGAAGGAACUUGUGGACCGCAGCAUUGUGGUCAAUCUCACAGAAGAAUAAAUAUGGAAGAAUAAUCACUAUUCACCACAAGACUGAUCUGGGGUGGGACGGAGACUCAUUUUUUAUUUGGAUUCUUAUUUUUAAUAAGAUAUCUGCCAAGUUAUUUGAGAAGAGGAUUGAAGAAGUCACGUUGUGCAUAACCCCCAAGCGUUGAAAACGCUGAAGGAUGUCUCUGCCUUGUUGAUACUUGACCAACAAGCAACCAUCGGUGUUAACUGAUGUGUGGAUUUAUUUAAUAAUGGAAGAAACGCUACCUUCCGCGAAUAGUGUUGGAGAUCUAUAAAAAUGAUACAACAUGGAGUUUUCAGUUGCUGGUUUCUUUUUCUUCAUGUUCUUCUUUCCACGCCCACACCCAAUUUGCUUUGUCCCCAUGUGAUCACUUAGCACCAUCCUAGACUUUCAGAGGUCUAGGUUUUGGAAGUGGGGCAUAUACAAAGCCCUCUGUCAAAUUUGAUCGUGAGUGAAAAAGAGAGGUGUUAAAAGAGAAAUUACAGUGAGGUCCGCGAGUGAAUCUUCAUCCAGCUCCAGGAUGGCAGAAACGCUGUAAGUCAUUUAUGCUACUUAAUCCAUCUUGGAUGGAUACAAACAUUGGCCUUUCCAAGGAGCCAAUGGAGGCAUGGGUUAAGGCGACACAGGUGUAAUAGGGACAGUAAAUAUAAUGGUCCGCUCACAACUCUGUUGUGUAACUUGUGUGUUUCUACAUGAAUUAAAAUGUCUCUGAUAUUUUGAAGUGCCUGAAUUGGUGGCCACUGGUGAAUCUUCUUCUGAACAAUUCCAGAACUGAAGAUGUUUGUUCCAAACAGUCAGUGGUUUAGAAUCCUACAUGAAGCCAUAAACAAUAAUUUAUGUUGGUAGUGCAUGCAAUCUGAAGGCCAAGAAAUGUUGAGGGCAUAUGCACCCCCUUUUUUGCUGUUAAUGUUUAGAUUGGUUGAGCAACUGUGAGACACCCUUUCUGCUUUCUGUUACUUGCACUGUUCAUUUUUUAAACAUAACGGUGAAGUCUCUCCCUAAAAGGGAAAGAACUCUUAAUAGCUGAGAUGUUCUUUUAAACAAUGCACAUUGUUGGUGAUUUCAGCUUCAUAGUUUUAGCCAAAGUCUGCCUGAAAAUUUCACAGAGAUGUGUGUGAAUGAAGAAAGCCCAACUCGUAGGUUUUUCCCUUGAUGAGGCUGUCCAUUCGCUUAACAGCUUCAAAGCAGGAAGGAAGAAACCCAACAAAUUGUGACCCUCCCUUCAUAAGUGCUGCAUGUAUUCAGCUGCCUGAUUCGAGUCCCACCUGUUGAUUAGUAUGGUAGGGCUGGCCAUCAGGCAGCUGCAACUCAGCACUGGGGAGGUGGAGAGCUUCACCUGUCAAUUUCUGAUCUGUUUUCCAGAUACAGGAGCCUUGCAAAAGGGAUAUAGAGAAACCCAGCUGGCAAUGCUUGCAGGUGUUAUUGCAUACCGUGUGCCUCCAUUUUCUCUCUUCUUUGCAUUGUUAAUCCAUUAAAUGUCUAGGGUUCACGCAAACAUUGCAAGAUAAAGCAUUGCAACACAAAUUAUUAUUACUAAUAAUGAGUGAAUCCUUUUCUUUAUGUAGAGACAAAGUGAUAGCCAGCGCUUCAUCUCUUUACCUUUUGGCAUAUUGGGCUGUUGUCAGAGGUGUAGGCACUGUACUGGUGGGAAAUCUAGAGCUGAUUAGCCCUGUACCUUUUUCUAGGAGCAAAUCAGUUCAAUAAGGUCUGAUAAUAGAAAUUUGGAAACAGGUCUAUAUUCAGAAAAGCUAAGUGGGCAAUAAGUGCCUAUGUAAUGUAUGUGUGUGCGUGCGCACACACACACUUGCUAAAUCUUCCAUUGGACCCACUCAACGUCCUUUCGCUCUCAAAUGCAAGUGUGCUCUCCCAAAUUAUCUAUAUCAAAGAUCACAAUGAUUCUUCCCAAGGAAGAUGAUCCCAAGUUUCUGGGUCUAUUUGGUUUCAGUUUUAAACCCUCCUCCCACCUGGUUUUCUCAUUACUUAGAGCACUUUCCUGAAAGUAUUUAAGGUCUCUGCUUGAUAUUCUAUAAAACUAAUAAUAAUUUUGCAAUUGCUGUGUAUGUUUAAGAUGCUCCCCCACCUUUCAUUACCAUUGUUUAUAUACAUGCAUGGCUUAUGGUUCUGAUUUUGUGCAUAGGAACUGGCCUAUGUGACAAGGUACUUAUAUGCCUUGGCAUACUCAUUACUUUUCUCUGGGGGGAAAAAUCAUACCAUUAUGUGAUUUCUGUAUAACACCUGGCACCUGGUAGAAAAAAAGGUACAAAAUAUGACACACACACACACACACACACACACACACCUCACAGUUAUUGCCACCUGUAAAAAGUGAAAAUAUUUAAUAAUAAAAGAACAAUUGUACUGUAUAGCCAUUUUGAAAAUGUAGAAAUGAGCCCAUUUAUACAUUUAAAAGUUGACAUUCAUUUAGCACCUUGGUGAAUCUGCAAGUUGAUAGAUGACUACUUUGAUUUGUCUUUUAAAAAAUAUACCAUUUGUGCUGUAAGGUCACAGGUUCCUCUGCCACACCACUCUGUUUUAGUCUGAGAACUGUUGUGUGAAUUCCCAGGGCUGGCUCCAGGUUCGAGAAAUGCCCUCUCCUAUUGGUGGGCCUUGGCAAGCUGGCCAGUCCAUGACAGCAGCCAGUCAGACUGGCAUUCUAGGCAGUACUGAGUGGCUGAGAAUAGCUGCCAUUUAAAUUUCCCACAAUGUCCUGGAGCAAUGAUAUGCAGGGGGAAUGGUGGGAUAUUUAUAUGACAGCUAGGUAGCCAGGUUCAGAGAGCUGAACAGGUACAAAUGCCAGCCCUGUGGAUUGCACAACAGUGCUCGAAUGUGAUGUCCACUUGUGACUCUGAAUUAUGUUCAUUCCUACAACAACACUUGAGAAGGCUUCCUUUAUCCGCACCCCCCACCCCCGGCCUCACCCUUCUAGAGUAGUAUUUCAACACAUACUUUAAGUGAUUGAAAUGUAGCAUUAGUAUGCAGUCUAAAAGUACCACAUCCCAAACACCAUGUAUUUCCUUAACUAACCCCAGUACUUUUAAGUACUUUGACUUUUCCAGGUUCUUUAUCGAGGUCAUUGGUUCCAUUCUUGAAAGCAGUUUCAUUUCUCUCAGUUGGUUUAAUAAUUUAAGGGAGUACUGGAAUAUGAGAAUGGAAAAAAAUGAUGGCUCAGAUUUGCACUCUUGAACUCUUCAGUAUUUUGAUUCUGAUAUACUAUUGUUAGAAUUCUUAAUAUCAAGCAGCAGAUAUCACUCACAAGAAAUGUAUUGUGUAGUGAAAAUCAGCCAGUGUUAUGUUACUGUAGACCUUAAAUGCUUGUCUUUUCUAUCCACCAAAGCCAUCUUAGCUUUCUUACCAUUUAAAAUGUUGGCGUUGUUUUAUACUUUAUGUAUGUAUAUAUGUAUGUGUGCGUAUGUGUAAAUUCAUAUCUUGAUAAAUGAAAAUAUUCAUG